AUAUUGCGCCAUCUUGUCACGUUUUACGCGCCCAUUCCCUCUCGAUGAUUUCCAUUUGUCACGUAUCAUUAAAAUAUAUCGAAAACCGAUAUAAAGGGAGCUUUUUAUUUCAAGAAUAUGUCGUAAUACUUUUCUAACGACCAGUCGUGAACAUCGACGCAGAAGAAAAAGGCACAUAAUUCGUAAUAUUAGUUAACGGAUCAACGCAUUCGCUGAAGAGUUGCAAGGAUAAUUAUCGAAAGUGGGAGAUCGGCACAACCGUUGGAAAGUUCGAGAACAUCCAUGGACCGGUAGCUGAGGAGGUCAAGUCGCAUCGUCGAACUUUCUCCGUUCGAGACUUUUAGCCUUCGGGACCGGUUUCCUCUUCAAGGUGCUGCAUUAUGCAACGGGACAGAGUUUCCCAAUCGGAGAACCCCGGCAAAAACACCUGUACACUGCGGAGGAUCAGCUGUUAUUCUCGUAUAAAUUCAUUCGGUCGCAGAAGAUGAAAUAAACGAGGUUUCGUAAAAUGAUUGAGAAACGCUGUACGUUAAAUAACGAAACAAGUGGAAGCGUGUAUAAUACUAACAUAUUUCAAGUCAACAUUCGCGUAAUAGCUUCAUCUUCGCGCCUGUAUCGUGGAGCAUCGACUUUCAGCACCGACUUACAUAAGAAACCUGUCAGCUCAUAUCAGGUAUCAUCACAAUUUGGAUCGAGCAAUAAGGUUGAUCACAAUAUAUCGCCGAGGCAACAGCCUUCCUGCCCGGAAAGAAAUGGUCGUUUCAUAGUUCCUGGACAGUGUGACGCUUACAUAGAAUGUAUUGAUGGAAUGCCUGAAGAAAAGCUCUGCCCCGAAGGUCUACUGUUUAACCCAGAAGCGAGAUUCAAUUAUCCUUGUGGAUAUCCCAUAGACGUUGAUUGCGACGGCCGACAAAAUAGACAGGCACCACAGGCAACAGAUGAUUGUCCUCAUCAGUAUGGAUACUUCAAGAUCGGAGAUUCGACACACUGUGGCCAGUUCGUAAACUGUGCAGCAGGCAUAGGUUAUGUUUUCGAUUGUCCUGAAGGAUUAGCCUUUAAUUCUGAAAGUUACCGGUGCGACUGGCCAGAUCAAGUACCAGACUGUGAUGCCGAAGCUUUCUUGGGCUUCCGGUGUCCGGAAGGAGACGACACUUACUACGGUAAUGCGAUCAAGUUCUACCCCAACCACAGUGACUGUCAGCGUUAUUUCGUCUGCGUGAAUGGCAGACCACGAUUGCAGAAUUGCGGCGAAGGUAACGCAUUCAAUGAGCUGAUCAAUGCCUGUGAUGCCGUAGAAAAUGUCACGGGAUGUGAACCACCACAGUCCAUCCUUGAGCAGACCAAGUAAAUUACUACAAUUACAUUAGCAAAGUGAAGCAACGGAGCCGUAAAUUCUGAUAGAUAAUAAGAUACCAGAGCUGCUGAUAAAUAUAGUUUUGAGUAUGGAAUAACUUUAAUAUGAACAUCUAAUAAAUUAUAAAUUAUUUUCACUCAGAACCAGACAUCAGUAGCUUUUGUAUCUUAACAUUACAUUAGACUUUUGUUUUAUAUUUUUCUUUGGAUAAAGCAACGAUUGACGAACAAUUUAUAAAAGUUCCGUUGUUCGAUGAACUCCAAACGAAGAAUAUGUAACAUGACACGAAUAAAUAUAUCGAUGUAAAUAUGUAUUUUAUAAGUCGAUCCACCGUAAAAAUACACUUCGAACUGUUUGUUCCUGUAUU